GAAACGGCCCAGCGGAAGUCAGACAUUGACUGUUAGCUUUGACCACAGCAGCGAGGCAGCAGCAGCAGCAGCAGCAGCUCACAGGGAGCCCGCUGCCACCUCAACAUGGAGUAGCUGGAGCCGAGCGCCUACUGCCGAAGAGCGGAUUCCUUUGACGGGAAUACCCGGCGCCAUAUAUUUAAUUUAUCUGUCAAGAAAAACCCUCGCAAAUGAUACAGGGGCCACAUUUAGUAGAGUCACAGGGAAGCCCGGCUUUUAUUUGAAAAGAUGGCGAACGACUCUCCAGCUAAAAGUCUGGUAGACAUAGACUUGGCUUCAUUGCGGGAUCCGGCUGGGAUAUUCGAGCUGGUGGAGGUAGUUGGAAAUGGCACCUAUGGACAAGUAUACAAGGGACGACAUGUCAAGACUGGACAGCUGGCUGCCAUCAAAGUCAUGGACGUCACAGAGGAUGAAGAGGAGGAAAUUAAACUGGAGAUCAAUAUGCUUAAGAAGUACUCCCACCACAGGAACAUAGCCACCUACUACGGUGCUUUCAUUAAGAAGAGUCCCCCGGGACAUGACGACCAGCUCUGGCUGGUGAUGGAGUUUUGUGGCGCUGGUUCGAUCACAGACCUGGUGAAGAACACAAAGGGAAACCAGCUGAAGGAAGACUGGAUUGCCUACAUUUCCAGAGAGAUUCUUAGAGGUUUGGCCCACUUACACGCCCACCAUGUGAUCCACCGUGACAUCAAAGGCCAGAACGUCCUGCUGACUGAGAACGCCGAAGUAAAGCUGGUGGAUUUCGGUGUGAGUGCCCAGCUGGAUCGGACAGUCGGGAGGAGAAACACAUUCAUCGGGACUCCAUAUUGGAUGGCCCCGGAGGUCAUCGCUUGUGACGAGAACCCAGAUGCCACGUAUGAUUACCGAAGCGAUCUGUGGUCCUGUGGCAUCACUGCGAUCGAGAUGGCAGAGGGCGCGCCGCCGCUUUGCGACAUGCACCCCAUGCGAGCGCUCUUCCUCAUCCCAAGAAACCCUCCUCCGAGGCUCAAAUCCAAAAAGUGGUCCAAGAAGUUUUUCAGCUUCAUAGAGAGCUGUCUGGUGAAGAACUACACGCAGCGGCCUCCGACCGAGCAGCUGCUGAAGCAUCCCUUCAUCCGGGACCAGCCCAAUGAGCGGCAGGUCAGGAUCCAGCUCAAAGACCACAUUGACCGCACCAAGAAGAAGAGAGGAGAAAAGGAUGAAACCGAAUACGAGUACAGUGGCAGUGAGGAUGAGGAAGAGGAUCCUCCAGAGCAGGAAGGCGAGCCGAGCUCCAUCGUCAACGUGCCGGGAGAGUCGACCCUGCGGCGCGACUUCAUCCGCCUGCAGCAGGAGAACAAGGAGCGGUCAGAGGCGCUCCGCCACCAGCAGCUCCUCCAGGAGCAGCAGCUCCGUGAGCAGGAGGAGUACAAGCGCCAACUACUGGCCGAAAGACAGAAACGCAUCGAACAGCAGAAGGAGCAGAGACGGCGGCUAGAAGAGCAACAGAGACGGGAGCGGGAGAUGAGGAGGCAACAGGAGCGUGAGCAGCGCCGGCGGGAGCAGGAGGAGAAGAGGCGAAUGGAGGAGAUGGAUCGCCGACGUAAAGAGGAGGAGGAGCGCCGGCGAGCCGAGGAGGAGAAGAGGAGGAAUGACCGCGAACAGGAGUACAUCCGGCGUCAGCUGGAGGAGGAGCAGCGACACCUGGAGAAACUGCAGGAGCAGCUGCUCCGAGAACAGGCCAUGUUGCUGGCUGACGAGCGUUUCCGUAAAAACAUUCAGGGCUCCCCUCAGUCCGCCCCUCCAUCCAAGCAGCCCCCUUUGCCUCCCCGCUCCUCUGAACAUUACUCCAAUGGCGGCUCGGCUUCGGAGGCCUCCGCCAUGCACCGACCCAUGGAGCCUCAGGUCCAGUGGUCCCACCUGGCUGCUCUAAAGAGCAGCAACAGUGCGGCCCCCUCCCCUCCUCCGCCCGUGGUCUCUCGCUCCCAGUCCUUCAGCGAGUCUGGCGGCGUGAGCUCUAGCUUUGCACAGCUUCACCUGCGCUCCCAGGACCCACACCAUCACCACCACCCAUUGCCUGCACGCCCCGACCCCCAACCCCAACCUCCCCUCCACCACCCCCAGGCCCAGACCCGACUCGAACGCCAGACCAGCGGCGAGGAGGUUCCUCCCAAGGUACCAGUGAGGACAACAUCCAGGUCUCCUGUGUUGUCCCGCAGAGAGUCCCCGCUGCCGUCUCAGCCCAACCAGAGGAGCGUUGGCAGUAAUGUGGAGCAGCGCCCCCUGUGGGACAGAGUGGAGAAGCUGCAGUCUCGGCCCGGCAGUGGCAGCUCCUCGGGCUCCAACGCCAGCUCCCAGGCCAGUCCGGGUGACCGUUUCAGGCCACGUUCUUCGUCUAAAUCUGAAGGCUCGCCUCUGCAGCGUCCAGAAAACAUCCCAAAAAAACAAGAAGAGAAGAACUCCUCCAGGCCAACUCGACCAGCCGGUGACAUGGACCUGACUGCUCUGGCCAAGGAGCUGCGUGCGGUGGACGACGUGCGGCCUCCUCACAAGGUGACCGACUACUCCUCAUCGAGCGACGACUCCGGCACCACGGAUGAAGAGGACGAAGAGGAGGUGGACCAGGAGGCGGGAGAGGAGUCCACCUCAGGAGCUGAGGACUCCAGGACGGGGAGGCUGAGCAAUGGAGAGACAGAUUCAGCUAAGACCAUGCUGGUGGAAGACCUGGAGAGCGAACAAGCCACCCCCUCCAAAGAUGGCACCCUGGUCAUCAGACAGAGCACAGCUGACACAAAGCGGUUGGUCAGUCUCUCAUCUUCCUCCUCUUCCUCGCCCGGCUCUGGCCCCGGUCAGAGCGUCCCGGAGAAAAACGGCUUUCCGGGCCGCAUUCACCACCUGCCAGACCUUAUCCAGCAGAGCCAUCACUCCCCUUCCUCUUCUACAGCCAUCCUUUCCUCCAUCUCCAUGUCUCCCUCCUCCUCCUCUUCCUCCUUCCAGUCAUCCUCUAGCCAGGCCAGUCCUGGAAUGUGCUCACAGAUUCCCCAGGACGAGCUCACUGCCAUAGAGUCCCAGUCAGAGAACAACAACAUGUCCAAACACAAGUCCUCUUCGUCGUUCACGCCCUUCAUUGACCCUCGUCUUCUUCAGAUAUCUCCAUCCAGCGGCAGCUCCCUUAACAACAUGGCUGGUUUUGGUCAAGAAGGUCGACUCGCUGACCCACUGAGGUCCGACCCGUCCCGCAAAGGAUCGGUGGUCAACGUCAACCCUGUCAACACGCGCCCACCGAGCGACACUCCAGAGAUCCGCAAGUACAAGAAGAGGUUCAACUCUGAGAUCCUGUGUGCAGCACUCUGGGGAGUGAACCUGCUGGUCGGGACAGAGAGCGGGCUGAUGCUGCUGGACCGAAGCGGUCAGGGGAAAGUCUACCCACUGAUUAACCGGCGUCGCAUCCAGCAGAUGGACGUCUUGGAGGGACUCAACGUUCUGGUCACCAUAUCAGGUAAAAAGAACAAGCUGCGAGUGUACUACCUGUCGUGGCUCAGGAACAAGAUUUUACACAACGACCCUGAAGUGGAGAAGAAACAGGGCUGGGUGAACGUGGGCGACCUGGAGGGCUGCGUCCACUACAAAGUCGUGAAAUACGAGAGGAUUAAGUUCUUGGUGUUGGCCUUGAAGAACUCUGUGGAGGUUUACGCCUGGGCUCCCAAACCCUACCAUAAAUUCAUGGCAUUCAAAUCUUUUGGCGACCUCGUGCACAAGCCUCUGCUGGUCGACUUGACUGUGGAGGAGGGUCAGAGGUUAAAGGUCAUCUACGGCUCCUGCUCAGGCUUCCACGCCGUCGACGUGGAUUCCGGCGCCGUCUACGACAUCUACCUGCCCACACACAUCCAGACCAACAUUCAGUGCCACGCCAUCAUCAUCCUCCCCAACACGGACGGCAUCGAGCUGCUGGUGUGCUACGAGGACGAGGGCGUCUACGUCAACACCUACGGCCGCAUCACCAAGGACGUGGUGCUGCAGUGGGGAGAAAUGCCGACGUCAGUGGCCUACAUUAGGUCAAACCAGAUAAUGGGCUGGGGGGAGAAAGCUAUUGAGAUCCGCUCAGUGGAGACGGGACACCUGGACGGCGUCUUCAUGCACAAAAGAGCCCAGAGACUUAAAUUUCUUUGCGAGAGGAACGACAAGGUCUUUUUCGCCUCCGUGCGUCAAGGCGGCGCCAGCCAGGUGUACUUCAUGACCCUGGGACGCUCCUCCCUUAUGAGCUGGUAGCCAACGAGACGACCUCGCCCACGCAGCGACGAGCCGACGACCAGCCGUCCUGAGCCUGACCUGGAGGAGCUCCCUCUCACGCUCAGGCAAAACCGACCACAGUUUGGACUGUAACCACGAGAAUGAAGCGGGGAACGAAUGGCGGCGUGUUAGAUUUGUCGCCUGUAGGUCUGUAGUCGCCUCGCUGCCCUGCGCUUUCCUCCAAUGGUAAUCGAUUUCUUUUGUGUCACGGUAAAACUUGUAUGUAAUUAACAAAUUGUCCGGAGGGGUCGGCAAAACGCAGCUUUCGCUGUUUGGGAAAACAAAACUUGAUGUGCCAGAACUUGUGUAGCUGUUGACCUCCCUGUCAAGCAUGUUUCUGAACAACUCCAGUCCUUCCCCUCUGACCGGUGCUUGACGUGCGAAUCUGCGUCUUCACUUUGUUCGCCUUAAAGUGAAAACUCCUGUAGGGACCUUUGAUUUAUCUGUUAAACACAGGGUACAGGAUCAGCAGCUUGUACAUACAUUGUGCUGUAAGUUAUGUUUGACAGUAUCCCUGUUGGUGACGUCAUGACGCAAAAUUACACCCAGUUUUUUUGCUGUUUUUUUUAAAUACACUGUAUAUUUUGUAUGUGACUUAAUGCAUAUAAAUAAACGUCAACAAAGCAGGACGCAUCAGAUGAGCUGUAAAGGAAAAAUCUACACUAUUUAUCCUCAAUCUGUAAUAUUUUUAGGGCUCUAACUUUCUCAUGAAGGGUUUGGUUUGACUCUGCUGUCGUCAGGUUUCGUUUUUUUUUUUCCUACUGGAAAUAUAAAAACACACAAAGUAAACACAUCCAGAAAUGUGACAUUCAUCCUAUUUUUUUUCCUUGUUCUUUUUAUAUUAGUUCCAAGUAGGGCUAGGGUUAAACUGUGAAUUAGCAUGCAGGAUUAGCAGGAUGACGGGCUGGAAAAAGGGAAUAAGAAUCGGCUCUUCGUCUCUCUGCACAAUCGGGACAUUUACCCGUUUCUCGCUUCAUCUGUAGCUUUACGGUUGCCUUCGACGGGUUCCCUGUCGAUUUUUAAAUUGGAGCUAAACCCUGAAGACACUUGGAUGUUGUGUACUGCUGGAACUCCUAAAACCAGCCAUGUCACCUAAUCUCGGACCUCUUUUUAAUGACGCUCGGUUGUUUACAUAAUCAUGUCCAGAUCAAAAGGCAUCCGAACCAAACAAAUGUUUUACUUUUCAUAUCUGAAGCCCAUUCUUCACUUCACUUCCCCUCCCCUUCCACAGUAAAAAUGCAUCUGUGCUUUCAUUCAGACAACACAACUUCCUAGCAGUCGUUGCUGUCAGACGGUGCCUUCAGGUGCACCUGAGGGUGAUGGGAUCAAUAUUAGGUGCUUUUUUUGUAGUCCAGGGCUGAUGAAAUCACUCGUUCUAACAGCAGUGUUACAGAACCACUUCAGAUCUUUUUUUUUGUUUUUUUUACUUAGUCUUUGUUUCUGACAUUUCUCUACAGAUAAGUAUGCGACUGCAGUGGUUUUUAAAUUGUAAUGCACACCUUAUGUUCGAAAUGUUUACAGAAGCAGAUGUUUUUCCUUUUGUUUUGCUUUUUUAUAAUAAAAAAAAGCCCCAGUGUGUGUCAGUAUAAAUAUUUAUGGUUUAUUUUUAGGCUAGACUCCCCCCAUGUUUUGUAUUUUGUAACCCUCUUUGUAUUAUCAUUUUAGACGUUUCUGUGCAGGGAUAAUCAAUUUCUGCUCAAUAAGUCCACAGUGUCAUUUCACUUGAUUCCUCUGCAUCCUUCGCAGUGCACAGUAGGCCGCUGGCUGUGUGGCAGAAGAUGUUUUCCACUACCCAGGUGACACGUUUUCCCUUAAACGUCACUCUGCCGUGCCUCUAAUUUAUGUCCUCUCUGUGUGUGCUAUGGGGAUUACUGUGUUUUACUGAAAGUCUUUUUUUUUUUUUUUUUUUUUCCUCUGUUGAAUAAAAUCAGAAGUGAUUUA